AUGGACAUAAACAUCCCUCCUAAUCAGGUUAUUACAUGUGAGGAAGACAAGUGUGUCAUGAAAAACUUGGACAAAAUCAAGAGCGUUUUCGCUAAUUCAAUCUACAAUUAUAACCCUGACCAUCUCCAUGUAAUGAUAAGUUCAGAUACCUGGAAGGAAGUGCAUUGUAAAGCUGUUUAUAAAAAAUCUAUAUGCGAGAAACACGAGAAAGAAUUCCAAUGGAAGAUCACCCACGCAACGGUAACAUUGGUCAAAUUGAAGGACAAGUUACGCAAAUAUUUCUCAGAUCUUAAUAAUACUGAAAAAGAGUUUAUUGGUCUUUAUAGGACACAUGAUGGAAGCACCAAAGGGGAAUUUAUUCGAAGUGAUUCCAUGCUAGAGCGUAUCAUGUGGGGAAAGUUUUAUAGAAUCGAUGUUAGUAUAAUCAUCGAAGUUCAUCACGAAUAG